UCGAUUGAUUAACCAAUCGAAAUACAAUGCUGCGUAUAACAUCCACCGUCAGCAGGAAAUACGGAAUUGUGAACUUUUUACGAAAUAAGACAAGUAUAAAGACAAAAAUGGCAGCAUUGCAGCAAACCGUGGAAAACAAUGAACUCGUCUCAGCGUUGGUUGAGUCCCUCCAGUCAAUGAUGGCCGCGAUCCAAAGUCAGCUCGUGCUGCGCCAGAAACAAGAACUCAUUGCGGAAAACGCCGCACUUGAAAAAGAAAUCGAAGAGGCACUGGCCCAGCUAGUGCAACUCGAAGUCAAGAAUGGCAAGAAACAGAUAUUGGUCCCAGGCGCCCGAACAUUCUCCACCGACGCCGCGGCAGCAGCAGCAGCUUUUGCCGCUUAAAAUGGAUAUCAACCCCGUCUCGGACUCGGAUCUAUUGGACCGCAAAUACUCGCAAGCCUCCAUUCUGUUGAGAUCGCGCCGAUUGAACAAGACUUCGGACAAUGAGCAGUCGGAUGCCAUGAAGGCGCAUAUUGUGUCCCCCAUAGUUGAGGUCGGAAGCAUCGCCGAAGCAGUGGCCCAUUGCAAUAAGCCAGUUUGUGAUGACGCCGACAUGCAGUGCAUAAUGGACUUGGUGGACGGCACCCUUUGCGAAGCCCUGACCAUAGUUCAGUCCGAUCCCCGGGGACUGUUUUGCUACAAGUUUUCAGGUACACCGAAGAACACCGCUGCCAAAGUGCCUACGCUGCUCGAUGUUCAGGUGACGGACACUGUCAACGAGAGAGAGGGCACUGCCAUUUUUGCCACAACAGUGGCGGUGGGUGACUAUGGGCCGAGCUCGGGCUCCAGCGGAUUGCUGCGCAAACCGACGACUAUUGGGGAAUUCGAGUACAGCAAUGUACUGUCCGAGAUACAGGACUUUGUUGGUCAGUGGCAGCUGUCGCCGGACACAAAGUGUGCGGUUCUGAGCAACCCCAUUCAGCACGAAAUUCCCAUCAAGGGAAAGAUCUACUUUGUCGAUGCACAUUUCUCUCGGCCAACGCCACGCUGUCCCAACCCACUGGCUGUCGCCAAGGUGCGAUUCAUCAUAACCGUCUCAAAGGUCAUGCAGAAGCACUAUCCAGUGAUGAUCACAUACCGCUUUGAGGGCUACAACACUUUGUACUAUGCGGUGGGCGAGCGUUCGCUGAACUCGUUUACUUUUCAAAGAUUCUACAUUGACACCAUUCUGCACACCAAGUUGGCCUUCUACGCUGAGGUGUGCGAAUGCCGACACGGCACUAUCGAGAAGCCCAAAAAGUCCAAGAAGGGCAAACCCUGAUGCCAAUAAACACGCUUAGAUCUACUAAUACUCACUGU